AUGUUGUUACAAGUGAUGGUAAUUGUUUUCAUUACAGCCUUUAUAUCAUUAAAGUUGGUAACAACUCUCACUUGUAAGGAAAAUCAUAUCGAUUUACGAUACAAUUUCUAUUUGCUAAAGUCAUCACAUCGAUCUUUAGCCGAUAAGUUACAUGUUGAGAAUGUCGAAUCGGUGGAAUUAUGUAAACAAAUAACACGGCAAUAUAAAGGAUUGGCAUUCAACUAUAAUACAAAGGAGAAUUACUCGAAUAAAGGUACAAUAACAGGUAAUAUAAGUCGAGAUCAUUAUUGGGAACAACCGCAGUUAUAUUUUAAUUGUCACAUUUUAAAAUGUCCCGAAGGUGUAUCAUCCAAAACCUUAAUAAGCGAUAGAUCAUUUGAUUAUUAUUCUUUGUAUGAAAAGUUAAUUGUCGCUAAAAAUUACAUUUGUAUACCCGAAGUUGGUCUAUUUACCCUAAACACAGAACCUGAAACCUUUGAAAAUGCCACCUUAAAAUGCCGCAAACAAAACGCAGAUGAAUUUACAACCGGAUGCGGUUCAUUAGCCCACAUUGCUUCGGAAACACGUACAACAGCUCUAACACAAAUCCUAUUGGAACAUAAUCAAAAGCAGGAGGAAAUAAAUCUAAAAUCGAAAAUAAAUUUAGCAUAUGUUGGUCUCAGUUUUAAUCGAACUCGAGGUCAACGAUUUGAAAUGUUCAACAUGGAUGAUGACAGUUUAAAAUGUUUUGCGUAUAGAGCAUGGGAACCUGGCAAUCCGAAAAUGAGUUCAAAUUUACGAAACACAAGUUGUGUGGCAUUGUCUUCGCAUAGCACAUGGCUAACUGUGGACUGCAAACGAAAAUUACCUUAUUUUUGUGAAAUUCUAACCAAAUGUGGCGAGGAGAAGGAUGGCUGGGAAGAAAGUAAUGUGGAGGUCAAUUAA